GUCUACAGCCAGAAACUGUACUCGGCUGGAUACGGUUAUCCUCUCUGGGACGGCAAUCCUCAGGACGGGAACCGCCAACUCGAGCUAGGGGUGGUCGGGCACCUCAAAUACGGCAGAUUCUGGGAAUUAUUUAACACGAUGAAGCCUGAUGAUCCUGAACACCAGAAGAACGGCGUUCCUCCAGAAUUCAAGGUGUUUGAACUACCGGACACCUUCAUAACCAAGCCGUUUGAGCGACUCAGGGCUGAAGUCAUCUCCUCUGAAAGCGUCGCUCAAAUCCGUAUGGAAGCCAGCGCCAGCGCCGGGGUGCCGGGCCUCGAAGAUCUGGGUUCCGCGGGUGUGGGCUACAAGUUUGUCACAAAAAGUAAAACAGGUGCAUUCCUCCUGCUCGACACGCCCGGUAUCGCCAUCUAUAUCUCGAACAAGAAUCGCGUAUCAGCGUACCUACGCGAGCACUUUGAACACUGGUUCGACUUCGCAAACCACACUCGAGGGCUGGAUCUGAAGCCCAGCGAAAUCUUCUUCGUGAGCGGCACGACGAAGACGACGCGCUGGGCGUGCAGCGCGUUCGAAGGGAGCAGCCGCCAGAAGACGGGGUUCCUGAACGCCCAGGUGCUCAGCAUCGGCAGCGUCGACAUGUCGAUGUCGAUCAGCGCGGAAGAUGCGGUGCGGAAGGAGUCCAACUACGGUCCUUCAAGCAUGGGUCCUCCUGUGCGCGCAGCCAACUUUCCGGCGCACGAGCUUGAUAGGAAAGGGACGGCGGCGGCCGACCUCCCGUAUAACCAGUGCAUUUUCUUCCACUACUACAAGGUCAGGAGACGG